UGACUGUAAGAGAGAGAGGGAGAGAAAGGGGGAGGGACGAAGCUGGCUCGAAUGUAAGGGGGGAUGAUGGUCCCCAAUUCCGACCACUACCACCAUAAUUGAGGUCGUCAACGAUGUCAGAGGUCGCCGACAAUCUCGCCUAAGCAGUGGUGGCUGGGAUUGAAGCCAUCACUGCUCACGAAUCGGGGCUCAACCCCUCUCAAAUCGAAGAGAGAGACGAGGCAGUCUCCCUCCUCCCCGCGACAGAGAGCAGCAAUGGCGGGUUCUCUGCAGAUUGUGGCCUUCCAGAGCAAGCCGUCGCCCUGCUCGGCGCCUCCCACUCGAGGCCAUUGGGAGGUCCACUUCUCUCGCUUCCUCAUCCACCGCACUCCUCCGCCCUCCUCAACGUGUCCCGAUCUCGUCCCUCGUCGGAGCAGCUGCACUUCCGGGAAGACGAUCCGCCGCAUUGGCACCUGGCUGUCCUCCACUUCACCAGCUUCUCUGCAGCUCAUCGAUUGCGGCUCCGAGGGAGAUGCGAUCCUCGCGGUUUACUUGGGAGAGAAGAGAAUGGAAGAACACUUCAUUUCCAAGUUGCACUUCACAUGGCCUCAGGUGACAUGCGUGUCUGGGUUUCCUGCUAGGGGUAGCAGAGUUGUCCUUGUCAGCUACCGUGAUUGUGCAGAUGAGGUCCAGAAGUUUGCUCUACGUUUCGGGACAAAUUGUGAAGCCGAGGCAUUCACAAAUGCUUUGAUAGAAAGUAUGUGUAACAUGAACAGUGCAGCAGAAAUCGACCCUCCCAUUCCCCCCUUAGCAUCUGAAAUAGUGUCACAUUCCGAGUUUGUGUCAUCCAGUACACCCCCUCACAGAUGCCAAGAGGAAGUUGACGCUGCCCCUGCUGCCAAGCUGGAGCCUGAAGCUCAGCAAUGUGGGAAUCACCAAGAAACCUUGCAUAAUCACAAUGCUGAAGUCUCCCUUGCAGCUUAUCCUCCGAGCUUCACAACAUUAUUGACCAGCUGUCAGUCUGAGGCAGGAAAAGUGACGGCCCAGCCAACUUCCUCUAAAGAAGAGCGCAUCAGAUCCCAAAUCAUGAUGUACAUGGAAGAUUCUGCUUUUCAAGACAUGUUGAUAACCGUCGAAAAAGUUAUUGAAGAAUUGGGAGGAGACUUGGCACUGUAAUCGUUCACACCCUUGCAUACUGCUUGGUGGCCAUUUCCCUCUUAGCAUAAUAUAGGACAAUCCCAGGAGAUAAGCAACUCGAGCAAUGCAGAUGGUCAGUCAUCUUUUUAGUCUCUACUCUUCACUCAUAAGCUACAGAAAAACCAAACUGUAUUCUGCAGAGAAAUCCAGGCCUCUAGCUCGUCUGGUUAAGUGCUCCAAUGCAAUUAAAUAGCUUGGUGUUCUCUUACUCUCUCUCCCCCUCUCUGCUGCCUGUCACCUUCCGCUCAUAUCUUUCAUUAGAUCAAGAGAUUAUCUAGCUAAAGAAAUUUGUCCGAAGGGGCAAAAGGCAAAGGACAUGCCAACUACGACAGAUCCAUGAAUGGGUGGGGGAGUUGUCAACAGAUGACUAGGAAAGUUCACUUGACGAUUCUUACAAAGAUAUAUUGGUUUUCACAUUGA